GUAAAUUAAGGAGUCAAGAUACAAAGUUUGGGAAAUUGUUACCGAAGAAUCACAGAAAAGAAACGUUAUAUUGCCCAGUUCCUAACAUUGAGAAAUGCUUUGAAGGAGGAGAUGACCGAACAAAUCAACACUCCAUGUUAAUCACACUUCAAACCAUGUAUCUUAGGUUGCAUAACAAAAUAGCGGACUCCCUCCAUCAGCUGAAUCCAAAUUGGAACGAUGACAAACUUUAUCAAGAGUCCAGGCGGAUAGUCAUUGCUUUGCAUCAAUAUAUCAUCUAUGAGGACUACUUGCCGUUUCUCAUUGGUUCGGAUAACAUGGUGAGGUACGAUCUCUACCCCAAUUUCCAAGACGGAUCUCUCUACAAUGAUGAAGUGGAUCCUUCCAUGCUGGUAGAAUUCAGUGGAGCGGCGUUCCGUGCUCACAGCACUGUGUCUCAGUAUGUGAGUGGAUUCAUGCCGCUAUUGAAAUUUCGCAAUACCUACUCCAAUGUGCAACUGAUACACAACGGUUGGAUGAAUCCCUUGUUGACGGGCGCCUGCGAAUUGCCAUCGGAAAAAAAUGACGAGUUUCAAGCGGAAGAUAUCUCUGAUUAUUUGUAUAAGGGUCCCGGUGAAACGUAUGGUGGAGAUAUGACUGCAACAGACAUACAGAGAGGAAGAGACAUCGGCCUGCCAUCCUAUACUCAAAUGCUACAUUUCUGCUUCAACGGAUUACAAAUAAACGAUUAUUCCCAAUUGUGGAAUUCAGGUUUAAUGACUGGAAGGAGCGUUCGAGAACUAAUGGAUCUUUACGAUGAUGUGCGUGAUGUUGAUUUGCUUAUGGGAAUAUUGAGAGAAAUACGUGAUGACAGAUCAGUAUUCAGUCCUACUGCCAUCUGCAUAACCGCCAUCCAGUUCUAUCGUCUGAAGUUUGGUGACAGUUUCUUCUUCACGCACACCAACGGAAGAAAUCCUUUCAAAAGAGAACAGCUGGAAACUUUAAGGACUUAUUCAAUGGCUCGUCUCAUUUGUGAAACAACUAGAGUGGAAAAAGUACGCAAGAAUCCUUUUAUGAUUCCUUCUGGGAA